AUGAGCCACUCCCUGUCUCCGACAAACCGUAACUCAAUCUUUGGAUGGGUGAAAAACCUUAAGAGAGGUGGCCUCUUGUCUAGUGACAGUGUUAACGAUAUCUCAGAUAAAGAGGACAACUUCAAUUUCAACAAUAACAACAAUAGUGAAGGUGGCAACGUGAAUAGUAGUGCUGGAUAUGCUGCCGAAUCGACUAUUUCUUCGCCUGCAUCCAUAAAGCAAUCUGCCCAAGACUUCCUCAGACCUAGCCUCUUGCACCAUAAAUCUAGAUCCGCUAACAACGUCAAUAGAAUAAGGUCGAACUCUUUAAAUCAGAGUGAUAAGUCAUUAAGACAGCAUAGAGACUCUUUCCUUCAGCACAACCCCUUGGUUGACGAAAACAGCAAAUACUUCGGGGUGCCCUUGGAAGAUGCCGUUAACCAAGCGUGUGCCAAAAUUUCCAUAUUGACUUCAGACCCUGGGAAUGUCUUGCAAUACGGAAGAAUUCCCAUCGUUGUUGCAAAGUGUGCUAUAUAUAUCAAGAAAAAUGGCCUCAAUGUGGAAGGUAUCUUCAGAGUGGGAGGCUCUUCUAAGAGAUUGAAAGAACUACAGCUUAUCUUCAACGCCCCUCCGGAAUUUGGUAAGAAAUUGAACUGGGAUGGGUACACUGUACACGAUGCGUCGAGUAUCUUAAGGAGGUUUUUGAAUGCGUUGCCAGAACCAUUAAUCCCGUUGGAUUUGUAUGAACAGUUCAGAGACCCCUUACGGGAAAGGCAGAGAAUAAUAAGCUACAUGAAGUAUAAGGCAGAAAACCCCAAACCUAAGCAAAACGAACUGGUGGCGACUGGUGUGACAGAAUCGGCGGGAGCAGCCCCUGCUGCGGGAUUGACUGUGCAAUCACAUGUACCGCCCACGCUGAGUGUUACUCUGCCCUUGCAAACUCCAGUGGAGAACCCUAUUGACGAGCCCGCAAGUGCCUUGCUCGACACUACGUCUGAGCCAUUGACCGAAGCAAAUAUUGACAGACUCAAUCUGUCGGCUCCACAAAAUGAAAUACAAGAAUGUACAGAGAAUCCUCUGACUCUGGGUGAGGUCCAAGAAACGAAACUGACUAAAAAGACAAAAAAUUAUAAGAAGUUGACUAAGGAAGUCCAUGAAGCUAUAGAAAUUUACAAAGAACGUGUGGAUAGGUUGCCAGAAUUAUCCAAACAAUUGUUGUUUUACAUUCUUGACUUAUUGGCUAUGGUUCAAACUCAAUCGUCCGAGAAUUUGAUGUCAUCAAGGAAUCUUGCUGCUAUCUUCCAACCUUCGAUUCUUUCACACCCAAAUCAUGAUUUAGACCCUGUAGAAUAUGCAUUAUCACAAUCAGUUGUUGAAUUCUUGAUAAGGUAUGCCUACAAAUUGUUACCUAAUCAGAAUGGCGACGAUCCUAUCGCUACUGAAGACCCGACUCCAAACGGCAAAGAAGAAGAGGUAAAGUUGAAAACAGAAGGUGCUGAAGAGAUGCCACCACCUCAAGUUUCGCACUUAUCUGCCUCUCCAGGUUCAGACAAAUUGUCUGCGCCAUCAGGGCAGAAGUCACCUUUCAACCGCCACCACAGUAAAUCAGUGUCCUCAUCCCAGUCUCAUGAUAUGGUUGGCUACAGCGGUGGUGCCAAAAGAUUACCUAUAGUUGAUCUGGACAAUGAAUAUAACUCAAUCGAUUUUGAUAUAAGCGAUGACGAUGAAUUGUCCUCCAAUUUAAACAAGUCCAACAUAACUGUUGAUUCUGGGUAUAAAGUGAAUAACAAAAACAUUGAUUCUGUAUUGAACGAAUUAGAUAAAGAGGCUGUUGCGAAUCCCGAUACUACCAUCAAUGAUACGACACUAACAGGUAUUCAGAAUGAAGACGGUGCAGAAAGCAAAGAAAGUAGCGGUGGUGGCCCACUUGCAAUAAUAGUGGAGCCACCUGUUGAUCAUGUGAGUGAACCACUAUGA